GCGGUCUGGAGGUGAUGUGUUUGUUGUAUACGCCUCUUAUGGCGGGAUGUCGUAAACAUGAAAAGUUUCCGAAAACUUUUAUAUUACUUUUAAAUGAACGAAAAGUGUCACCAAUUAACUAAAACUUGACAAAAAUUAUAUUUACAACUUGAAAUACAACAGUUGAGUGAAAGUUCACCGGUCAGGAUGUCGGUUAAUUCAAAGUGGCGGUUACCUGACGUUUUUUGUGUUGUGUGUUGAAUGGAUGACGGAAUUACGUUUAAUUCGCAGCGCGGGAAUGGGUGAAUAAGUGAUUCGUGUCUUAGGACUAUCGAGAUGCCGUUCGUGCAGCGCGUGGUCGAGCCGAAGUUUCUCUCGCGGACCAGUUUGCGUGAUGAAGAUGGAAGGCCGAAGGUCACGGACGAAGAACUCCAGGCGGUUACGAACUGCACCCUGAGCAACGCGCUUCGACAGCUCGCGUCACUAGUGCUUUUGGCGGAGGACAUCUUUAGCGAUCUCACUUCUCAACUUCAAGAAAUAACAGAACGCUCAAAAGUUGCUCGGGCGAAAAUCGAAAAAAUCAACGAAAGUGUAGAGAAGUAUGAUCCGAAGAAGGUACCAGUCCCGGAAGGCAGCCUGUCGGACUUUGCAAUACGCAAAGUUCACUACACGGCGACCAAUCCCCUCAAGAAAGGCCUAUUCACACCAGAUACCAGGCCGGUGAGCUUACGCAACAUGUAUGAUAAGGCCACGACAGACCGCCUGUCGGCGUCCUUACUGGAGAAGAUGCGGCGCGACUCCCAGUACUCCCAGUUCCUGAUAUGCACACCCGUACUUGGCACGAAGAGACGAAGAAUUUAUCAGAAAGUAGAUGAAAUUGAAACGCACAUUCCAACAGUUGUAGAACAGCUUCGGAAAUGGACGUCGAAGGAAGCGAUCGGUGAUGUCACAGCACUGCCAGACGCGUCUAUGCGCAUUGCAAAUGGCGUCACGCUGACACCAGACGAGCUGUCGGAGUGGGGCUCCGGCGACGACGAACCCAUAGACCACAGACUACCUAGCCCAGAGGAACAGCUUAGGGUCAUCGCUUCUAAAUUCCCUCCACAAGUCGUAGCGAUAGACACAUCGGGUAAAUUCUUCGACAGAAUGUGCAGCUCUCGUAAGUCUCUACACAUAGAGACUGGCUCCGGAGAAACCGAUACAGUGAAGCGACGCACGCGUACGAGAAAACCACGGGGUAAAAGACGAAACACCAUAUCCGGCACAGAUCAGAAAGAGCUUAGAGAGGCUAUCGCUGGUGAUACUACAAAUGCUGCGGCUUCUGAAGAAUUGGAGGAAACGAACACAGUAAUCAGAUCACGAUCUAGUGAUUUGCUCAAGAAGAGCCCCAUUGAUCCUAUUCUGAAGAAAGGACACUUUAAUAGUUUGAAGCAAUGGGGCAAAAACAGACUGAAGUUAAUUGGAAGAUCACCAAGUGCAAGCAGAGAUAACUUCAAAGAUAAUAGUAAAAAUGAAAAAAGUGGAGAUUCAAAAUCUCCGCCGCGUGUUGAAAUUAAUGAAACACAAGAAACAGUCACAAUGAGAAAGAAACGCCAAGGCGAUGAAGAUAGAAGGACACAUCAAAGAUGUGCAUCGUAUUCGUCUUCAGAAAAGAGCAUAGGCGUACCAACUAACGUUCAAACUACGGCAACUAUUAACAAUGGGGUUAAACUAAGAGGAACGUCAACUCAGAGACGGUUAAGGCGAAGUGGGACCGGUAAAGAUGAACCACAUUCAUCGAGCGGUAAUUGGUCGGCCAGUUCUGAAUCUGGACGAACAAGCAUAGGGUCAGAAAUAACAACAACUACUGUACCUCCUAAAAGCACGACCUCCGCUGGUACGUCGAAUAAUUCUCUUAAUUUGCAUCAUGGACCACCAAGUUCUAUCAUUAGUCGGAGGAGAUUCCCUAAUAAUUCUGGUUCUGGGAGCGUUACAAGUGAAGGUACUCUAACCCCAGAUAUUAUACAUGAUUUACAUGAAGAUUUAGAAACAAGUUCAGAGUUUUCUUGCGAUACAGAAGGUUACUAUACAUCGUUCCACAUGGAUUCCGGUUUAAAAACAUUGAAAGAAGAAGAAGUUUCUCCCAGCACCCCACUUCAUACCAGCACAGCUUUAUCUAGCUCUUCAAAUAGUCAAAAUUUGACCGCGGAAAACGAAUAUGAAUUAUUUGGUAAAGGGUCUACAAGUACAACCACUAGCUCAGCAGGUACUGUUUGUACGACUUUGAUGGCAGCAGGAAGCGAUCGUUCACUAGUGAUAGGACCAACAGUGCCAGAAAGAAAAAGUUCUUUAACUAUAAUGAAUAGAAACCGAGGCAACAAUAUCCAUAGUGCGAACGCUAGUUUAGACAGGACCGCAAAUUCUUCAUUUGCGAAAUCUCCUUUCAGCAGUUUAAGAUAUAACCCAGUUAGACCGUAUACAGACAAAACAGGAAAUAACCAUUCCUCCCCAGAAAUACGAGAUAUAACGACCUCUGCUAUUACUAUUACUCGAAGUAUCGGAAAUCAAAGGAGUAUAACGGCUGUCGCUGAAAUACAUACAGAAACCGAUCUCGAAAGUGCAAAGAAAAGUACAGGCACUAGUUCACCAGACUCAGGGCAUAAUACCUCUAGUUCACCUAUUGAAGAUUCGGUUUCUAGCGCUCACGGUAAAAAUAGCCUCUCUGAACAAGAUUAUUCCGAAUCUUCUGAUCUCGAAGGCACCGACAGAAUUGAAAGAAUACGAUACAAAACUACAAUCAACAGUUCUAGAAUUCCCUCAAUGUGUGUAAUCACUCCAACCAAUUCAGAUGACGAAAGUGAAAACAGCAAGGACUCUGGAUCUAGUAAAAAAUUAGAAACAGAAAAAUUACCUGAGAGCAUCGUUAAGGCUGGAAGUCGACCAAAACUUGAUUUACCACCCGAUGACAAACCCAAGGAAAGCAAGACUUGCAUAGAGCCAAUAAAACUGACUAACAAAUGUCAGAACCUUCCUAAACCUGCUCGACAACCAUUUAAUAAUCUUAUGUGUAAGUUAAAAGGUGUGCUCCCUCAUAAAUUAUCAAACAAAAAAUCUCCCGUGACCAAAGAAGUAGAACAUAUCUAUGACACUGGUGAUUACGUUACUAUAGCGGAUGUUAAAAAUAAUAAUCAAAAAAUAUGUAUCAACGGAGGUAAUUACGGAAAUAACGACAUCGUGAGAAAAAAUUUGCAGACUGUACUAUCAGGAAAACUUCCAGAAACCGAAUAUGUGUCUCUCAACGAACUACCGAAUUGUCUAAAUGAAAGUAAAGAUUUUGAACCAGGAUUUGAAGAAAAACCGUCUGCUGCGUUGGAGGAGAUACAAAGAAAAGGAGCUAAAGUAACACUUGACUCUCAUGGACAAGUAAUUUAUUCGUCAGAUACAUUAAAACGUAGAAAAGGUGCCCAUACUACUUUUGAACCGGGUCCUUUUGUUCAGGAAAUUUGCCCAACUACUUUGACGAUACAACGAGAGAAAGCUGACGUUGUUCAAAUAACAGAUGAAACUGAUUUUCCCUAUGAACCUCCUGCGCCAUCGAGUAAGCCUACAUCCCCACAAUUAGGAAAAAUGAUAAUCAAGGCACCUACAGACCGACACGGCCAAAUCACUACUGAAUUUGUCACUUUACCAGUACCAAAGCCAAGCACCAUAAUAACUGCGACCCCAGUUACUGAAACAUCUGGCGUAACCGAUCCACAACCAGUUAAAGUAUCCAGUCGUAAUCCAGACCCUCCACGAGUAGUAGAAGCUCUGACUAGAACUGGGGCGUAUGUAAACAUACACGAUGCAGAGGGUGUCAGCUUGUCUCCAACGAAAGAUGAUACAGCAGACAUUCGACAUGCCAGUGCUGACAAACCCGUUUUAGCUACAACCCGAAAGACACAGAACAACGGUCCAACAGUUGAUCUAAAUGCAAUAAGUCCUACUCUCCAUCAGCCCCACACGGCACAUCUGCGAGGCCGACAUGGAGUCCUUGAUUAUGAAAAUUCUAUUCAAAGAGGCCAACCUAAAUAUUGGACUCUUCCUAAGAGAACGCCGUUGGAUCAAAAUUUCCAAAGACUCGUUCAUGAUCAAGGUCGAGGAAGAAACUUUCCUGAGAACACAACAGUCGCAGAUGUACAUCUGUUAGCAGAUAAAGGAAGUGGUGAUAAUGAAUAUAUUAAAAUCUCUCCCAUAGAUCCUAGAAAUUCGGGUACCUUUAAAUCUUCCACUCCCACUAGUAAAGAAAAUACCAUCGAUAUAAGUACAAAAUUGUUGUCACCGGUUAAAUCUACUAUGACAAACGAAGAAUUGUAUGCAGUUAUCCAUAAAAGUAAAAAGAAACUAAAUAUUAAAGAACCACCAGAGAGGUCAGAGUCACCGGCUCUGUCCACGUUGAGUUUAUCGCCCGUGCCUUCGGAGCCAUCCUUGUAUAACAAAGGUUCUCAACGUUAUCCUGAAACUGGUUAUUUAGGUGAUCCAAGAAGCAGGUGGUCUCUCACUGAGAGACAAAUGAUAACCCAAGCCGCCCCGAUUUUGACACCUGGUAUACAAAAACAAGAGAGCACAUGCGCUGACCGAUUUGGACCGAUACCGCAAACUUCGAGACUUGAUUUCAAAAAACUACUCUUACAACACAGUGUCAAACUUAAUACGUUGAAUCCACAAAGUAAGUCAGCUAAGUUAUCCGCAGUGGAACAAUUGAAAUUGUCUAAAGAAAAAUCACCUAUGACGCCACCCAGUAACCGAUCGCAGAUUAACAUACUGGAUCUCAGCGGAUCGCCGAAAACAUACAAUCAUAGAAAGACUAUAAAGUCUAACAACCAACCUACGUCACCAGGCAGAACAGGCGCUCUAAUAAAAGAACAUAAAAAUACACAAAAAAUAUUACUGUCGCCUAAAUCGCAAUGGCGUUUUUCUAGUCCGAGAUCAGAUGUACUCUCUACGCCUAUACCUGAAGCUAAUAACGAGGAUGAAACAUCUAACAGCUCCGGUGAAAAACAGGACGCUUCUCCAGUCAGCCCGCCAUCUAAAACAAUUCCUAUCGUAACUAACCAACAUUUUGGUGCUCGUAGAAAUCUUAUACCAAUAUCAGAGAGGACUCCAGAAGUUGAAAGCGAUUUCCCCGAAUCGAUUGAUCAUGGUGUAUUCCCUCUGAACGCUGAUCAAAACAAAUGUCACGUUCUAACCAGAUCAGAGAUACUGCAAGCGAAGCGGGCAGAAUUUUUCAGUACUUCUCCGGAAUCCUCACCUCCUAAAUUUACAUCAUUUAAAAGUCCUACAUCGUCAGGUCCGACAGGAACUCAGAGAAGUGAGCCAUCGCCUGAAAGAGGAAAAACUUCACCGACGACGCUCGAAACGGCUUUAUGAUGAUCCCGAUAGUGUGAAAGCCUUAAAGCGGUGCUUUAUAAAUUGUUUAAUAACAUCUGUUUUGUAAAUAUAGCAAUGAAAUUGAUAGAAGCUUUAAUCUAGUCUUUCUUGCUUAGAAUCUUUUCUGAAAGCACGAAAUGUUUUUGAAAUUCAGUGUUUUUUACCGGAAAUGGUAAUUCGAGCUCAAAAUUUUACUGUUUUUUGUUGCUCUAAU